GCGUCACAAUCUGUGACAGAUUGUUGCUUAAAUGCACUGACACAUGACUGAUUUAGACUGAACAGUGAGAAUGGAGGAGACAAAUGGUGGUUUUCAGACACUUGUCUAUGAAGACGAUUUGCACGAGGAAGAGUAUCCUCCUUACCAUCAGUCUAACAGGAUACAAGUGUCCAUGUUCACUAUGAGUCCUGGGAGACGCCACAGACUGGCUGCAGCGUGCCUGGCGCUUCUUGCUGCUGUUCUUCUGAUACUGAAUGUUGGCCUGGGGAUCCACUAUAACAAACUCACAGAUUCUCACCUCACGCUCGACGAUACCGAACGCAUCAGCAAAGAGCUCAUCAACCUCCAGGACACUUACAAGACUGCAGUGGAAACCAUGAAGGAUGCCAGGAAGCAGCUGGACAGUGAGAUGAGCCGUCAGACACAAACCAACUGGGAGCUUGAACACCAGACAAAACGAAGCAAUGACUAUAAAAGUCAGAUGGAAAAAAUCACAAAGGAAAUUGAAGCCAUGAGAACACGCUUAUCAAUGCUUAGCGAUGGCUGCAAACACUGUCCUGCAGGAUGGAUUUUAAUGAACUCUGUAUGUUACUACUUCCCCUUGAAGUCAAAUGAAUUCAAAACAUGGAAGGAAUCCAGAGAUUUCUGUCAGCUGCAGGGAGGAGAUCUUAUAAUCAUAGACAGCCAAGAUGAAGAGAACUUGACAGUAAAUUACCUGAUGAAUCAUCAAGAUGCCCCGCUACAGACUGGCGACCUAUUCAGUGACCAACCCACCUUUCAACAUUACAUGAGUUAUAUAGACCACUCCAUGAUACACGACUACUCAGAUUAUUAUUAUUAUGAAGAUGCCUCUGGGAUGAUGCCUCAGUCAAAUCCAAAAUCCCCAAAGGCUUUCUGGAUUGGACUGAGUGAUGUCCAAGAGGAUGGCACCUGGAAAUGGUGGGAUGGAACAGUCCUUACUGAGGGGUACUGGAAUGAUGGAGAGCCGAAUGAUGUCAGCAAUGAGGACUGUGCAGCGCUGUAUCCUAAAGCAAACUUCUUCAAGAGCUGGAACGAUGUUAGAUGUGACACCCAAAUGAAAUGGAUUUGUGAAAAAGCACCAAAAUCCAUGAGCUAAAACAUCUGUAAUACAAUUUUACAUAUGUACAUGCUACUAUAACACAAAUAUCUGUAUCU